AUGCCCACACAGCGGGUGGUGCAGCUAUGGACGCCCGACCCGGCUCUAAACGCCACCAACGUGCGUCGACGACCCCUCACCCCGUGCUCCCACCUCCUCGAGCUGCAGAGGCGAUCAGCUGAAGAGGACCACGGCUCCACCGUCACUCGGUUUCGCAAACCGGUUCCUCCGCCCAGCCACCACAACACCAAGGCCCACGUCGAAGUGGCGUCCCUGCUCGACAUCUGCGCCCAGGCCAUACUCCUCCACCAACACCGCCAGCGCACCACCAGAAAAUCGUCGCCGACAGCACAUCAUAAUGCGCCAUCAUCGGGUCGUCAUCAUCACUGGGCCCAGCAGAAGCAGGAGGCCUCCCUCUCGGUCGUGGCGACGACGGGUCAAUUUGAUAUGGAUCUGCUGCCGCGGGAACUGCGCGCGUACCUGAGCGAGCACUGGCUGUGCGUUGUGUGCCAGCGCCCAACACGAGGCCAGCUGAAGAGCCACACCCACAAUUCCCACCAUGACAAGGGCCGACCGGGUGCCAACUACCCCGGCUGGUGUCCUGCCUGCGUCCAGCGGCUGUGCUAUUGCCAGGCCGACGGAUGUCAGGCGUGUAACUCUACGUGGCUGUGCUUGACCUGCGGCAAGGUCUGCUGCAGCACUUCUUCUCACGAGCAUUCAUUCGACCACUCGAUGAUGGAAUCGCACAUGCUUGCUUGGAAAGUCGGGCCAAGACCCUUUCAGCAAGCCGCAGCUUACGACGCAGGCGACCCCGGUAUCUGGUGCUUCGCCUGCUCGCGGUAUGUCGGCGAGGCCAAGCUGCACCUCCACCUUCAGACGCUGGGCCUCACGGAGCCCUCCGCUGCCGCCGCCGCUGACUGCGAUGUCAGCGAGAGAUAA